AUGGCUGGAAGAGGUGGACGGAACGAUGAUGCGAUCGUUGAGGCUUUGGGCAUGAUUGCUGGUGUGCUGGGAGGAAAUCCUGGAGGAGUUGGGAUUGGUGCUGACAGGGGUAAGCCUUAUGGUAAGGGAAAUCCUAGAGCUGGAGAUUGGAAGAAGCCUAGUGGGGGAGAUUCUAGUGCCCUUGUUAGAUGCUACAAUUGUGGCGCUACUGGACAUAAGAAGAGUGAGUGCAAGAAAGAGGAAAGGAAAUGCUUCAAAUGUGGUAAGGCGGAUCAUAUUGCUUCUGAAUGUGGAAUGAAGACCGUGACUUGCUACAAUUGCGGUGUUUAUAUUGUUUGCUUCGAUGGAAGUCAAAGGAAAAGCGGUAAGUAG